AUGGCGUCUGCGGUCUGGACAUGGGGCCUCGGAUCACGGUCACGUCGGCGAGGACAGCGACGGCGUCGUUGGUGGAGCGCAGGGGCGAGGGCGUCGACCGACGGGCGGCGCACCAGGAGCCCUCGCUGGCGCGGUAGGUCACGGAACGACGGGUCGAGCCCCUCCGCCAAAUCGAGGCGGCGGUCGAGACG